UCAGAGAGUUCGCAACACAACGCGCUUCGAUGUCAGAGUUCGCGGUUCGGUCCCGUACAUAAGGAUUACUGGGGUGUUGGUUACUGGGAAAUCGGUAGUGUUAAUCGAGUGUGAAAAUAUUUGGUGCUUAGGUGUAUGUGCAAUUGGAAAAUAUAGUCAACCAUUUCUUAGAAAUUGGGAUAUUACGAUAUUUUUUAGAUUUAAGUCUGGUCAGAGGAUUAGUGGAUACUCCUGUUUUGAGAGAAGUUAAAGUCAAGGCCCACGAUACGCGUUUCACUUGUCCAACUUGGUGUCCCCCUCCCGAAUUCGGAGUCUUGUGGCACGUGCUGGUCACGCGUCGCCUAUCAGCGAAUCGGAAGUGUUAGCUUUACCGUUAUGCACUUGUCUGCCAAUUAACCAGACAAACAGAAGCGCAACAGAUUUACCAGCUCAGCGUUCCCUCAUUGCCCGACUAUGUUUUCCAUGGACAACUUUGACUUGGAGGCCACGAUGGCUCGUCAUUUCUUCGAAGGAUCGCAGGCCACCAAUGCCUCCACCUCCAGCUCCGAUUAUUUCUUUGGGGACGAACACAGCUCGGAGAGCGAUGACGAGGAUGAUGCCUAUAGCAGUGGCUUCAAUAGCGAUCAGGAGAAUACUGAGAAGACCUUCUUUCAAUUCAGACGAAGGAGUCACAAGCCUCGGCGCUUGAAGUGCGCCUCCCAAAUGGCUCAGCAACGGCAGGCUGCCAAUCUCCGCGAGCGCCGACGGAUGCAGAGCAUCAACGAGGCGUUCGAGGGUCUGCGCACCCAUAUUCCCACGCUGCCCUACGAGAAGCGACUGAGCAAGGUCGACACACUCAAGCUGGCCAUCAGCUACAUAACCUUCCUGAGCGAAAUGGUCAAGAAGGAUAAGAAUGGGAACGAACCAGGUCUAAGUUUGCAGCGCAAUUACCAGAAGGAACCGCCCAAGAAAAUCAUCCUUAAAGAUCGCACUGGCGGCGUGGCGCACUCGUUGUCCUGGUACCGCAAGGGUGACCGAUAUCCCGGUAGCAAGCUCUACGCCCGGACCUGGACACCAGAGGAUCCCCGGGGACCCCAUUCGCAGCCCCUGCCGCUAUACAACAACAGCAACUCGAAUCAGAAUCAAAACAGCAACCAGAGUAGCGACGACUUCGGCGGAAGUGCCGAUAUGUCCGAUCCGGGAGCAGCGGCCAGUAUUUACAGCAGCGGCAGUGGAAUGUGAAUUUCAGGAGAUUUCCGCCUGAAAAUUCAUGGAGGCAGUCAAAAUGAGAGAAUGAGAUUCAAUGGAAAUCCUACUAGUCAAGCCAUGCUAGUCACGGCAUCUAACACAUAUUAACCAACUUAAUAAUUAUAUGAGGAAAACAUGUUCUGUGGUAUUUAAUUGCUCUAAGUUCGCUAAUAUCUAAAUGUUAUACAUAGUGGUUUAGUUUAAAUCGAAUAAACAUUUCACACAAAUCUA